UAUAAUAGUGGAGCCCACCUCCAUUAGAUGAUGCUUGCCUAUAAAUAAGGCAUCCCCCUUACUUGUAACAUACACACAUGAGAUUGAUAAUACUAAGUGAGGAACCAAUUCAAGGGUUUUCUCUACUUCUAAAUUCUCUCUCAAAUUCCUUGGUUUUGUAACAAGGAUCAAGUUUUUGCUAUUUUUGAUAAAUUCUCAAUUUCCAACAACCUAAGUGACCCUACACUAUUUUUAAUUUAUAAUUUGGUUUUGAUUUCUUGGAUGGUUUUUUCGGUAUUAUCCCUCUUAGAAAAAGGAUUUUUUUUUUUUUUUUUUUUUUGUCGGGCAGUUUCAGAAAUUGAUUGGUGGGAUGAUUUUGGUAUUCCAAUUCAAAUGGCAGGCCACGUGUAAAUUCGUGGAAGUUUACUGGUCACACAAAGAAUCCAAUUUUUUUGAAUAGCUCCAACAAAGUUGAUCUUCUAAUUCUAAAAGGGUAUGCAUCGUUUGUUUAUUAUCUUGUAACUUAACUCUCAAAUCCAUUCGUAUCAUUCGGCAGCAGGCAAUGCCGUCCGUUGGCAGUGGCACACCCAAUGCUAGAAUUAAGACUACCAAAACACUAUAAAUUUGUCACCUUUUCCACUUAUUUUACCAACCAAAUCAAAACAACCACCUUCAUAGAAAGAAAAGAAAAGAAAAAACAUAACUAGUUCUAGUUGUGAUGGCCUCUUCCCAGCUCUUCAUCAUCUUUGCCAUUCUAGCAAUUUCUGCCCCUUCAAUUUUGGCAACAAAUUAUGUUGUCGGCGACGGCAAAGGUUGGACCAUUAACUUCGACUACCAAGCUUGGGCUCGGGGAAAGAUGUUUUAUGUUGGCGACAAUCUUGUUUUUAACUAUCCAAAAGGAGUCCACAAUGUGUUCAAAGUGAAUGGGACUGGAUUCCAGCAAUGUUCAGCUCCAUUAGACAGUGUGCCAUUAACCAGUGGACAUGAUGUGAUCAGCCUUGCAACCUCUGGAAGAAAAUGGUACAUUUGUGGUGUUGCCCAGCACUGUGCAAUGGGUGGCCAGAAGCUUCUUAUAACCGUGUUCCCAUCAUCGUUUGCUCCAAGCCCCAGCCCCACCUGGGAAAGCAGCAACCCUUCAUGGUCUGCUCCUGCCCCCAGCCCCACCUGGGGAAAGGAGGCAAAAGGCAAGCCAUCCUCGCUUGCUCCUGCCCCCAGCCCCACCUGGGGCUACACCGGCUAGAAGUGUCAACUUGGCGCAGGACAUGGGUGAUCGGCGUUAAGCUUCCUGCCCCCAGCCCCACCUGGGGCUACACCAGCUAGAAGUUUCAACUUGGAGCAGGACAUGGGUGAUCAGCGUUAAGCUUGGGCCGGAUUAGUGUCGUAAUUGUUUUUCAAUAACAGUGUGUUUGGGUAAUUCAUUUUCCAGUUAUUAAUAAGUGUGAGUUUUGCAAUCUGUUUGUGAUGCUACAAACGUUGGAUGAAUUGUUCUCCACAUCAUGUAAUAUUUGCAUCUAAUC